CCGUUCUUGCUUCUCUUCUGAUGACAAAAACAAGAACAAGAAGAAGAAGAAGAAGAAGAAAAAGGUGAGAUUUGCAGAGGACGUGAAGGAGCCGAGUGGGAACGGAGAGGAGUACAGGAAAGAGCACGACGAGAAGCUGGCGAUGGCGGAAAACAGAGAAAGAAGAAGAAGAAUAAGCUGUAGAAAUCAAAUUCCGCCGAAUCGAGUUGCUCUCUAUAAUGGAAUUCUCAAGCAGCGAUCGCACAGGAUGGAAUGUUCCUUUUGAAUUCAACCCAACGCCAAGCAACAACAGUUUUUUUUUCUUGAUCUUUCUUUCCCUUCUCCUCCUUUUUUUUCUGUUUUUUUUUAAAUCUCUUUUUCUUUUUGGGGGUUUUCUUGUUUGUUUCUGUUUGGGGAAAACAUUAGAGAAAUCUUGGUUUUCUGUGGCUGUAAAUGGAUGCUGAUGGUGGAGACCACUUUUUUUCAUAAUAGUAAAUACUAAAUUUUAUUUUA